AUGUCAGUGCAGAUCAGAGUUGCUCACAAUAGCAGAAAUACUGCUUUUCUUAAAACAGGUAAAUUUAUUGAAAAAUGUUUUUCUUUUACAGAGAAAAAGCAUAAAAUAAUCAGGCAGAAGGACUCCGUCACUCUGCCAUGUCCUCACCCUGUGGAGGGUAAAGUGACGUGGAGCAGAGAGACAAACGGAAACAGAGUUGACAUACUUACAGUUGAUGGAGACGGAGACAUAAGACACAUUCAUGACCCACUGAAACGAUACAGUUCAUCAGCAGAUAAGUCACUUCACAUCAGCAGAGCUGCCGUCUCAGACGCUGGAACAUACUUCUGUAAUAAUGAAGCAGCUGUGGAGCUGACGGUGCUCCCAGAUCAUAAGGUACCAACAACUACAUCUCCACCAGAGACUUCAACAACUCCUUCACUUCCAACAGCAAGAAAAUCCGCACCUGAAGCUCUUCCAGCAGCCAUUUCGCCAUCUGCACAGCUUAUGAACACAGGAACAUCUACAGUUUCCACCACUCAGCCAGCGCUCAGUGAUCAACCUUCAGAGUACCGGCGACUACUUUAUGGUGUGGUGUCUGGAAUAGGUGCCAUCCUCCUUCUCGUCUUCAUCAUCCUUCUAAUCCUCUUGUUCACUAAGAGAUACAGGUCUGACAGACGAGGUCUAACUGUCACACCAGUCAAAUGCAAACGCAGGAAAAGAGAGUUUUGGGCUCAAAUGCAAGACGCCGGAGAGCAGGAUGCAGUUUUUGACAUUCAUAUGAACACUUGCAGAUCAGGAUCCUCCUAUAGUGGGCGUGACCCUUGGUGGUUUCUGCGCUGAAGCGUACACACCCCUGUUUGGCAGUCUGAUUGGCACACCUGAUCCUCUUUAUGCCUAUCAGUGCUGCCUUUCCUACCAGUCCCUGCCGGAUUGUUAUGUUGAGCACAGCUUUGAAGUCAACUCUGCCUGAACAGCUUGUUCGCCUGCCAGCAUUUCAAGAGUCACACAGCUGUAAGCCAUUUCUCCAUGCAGCUGCCUUCCUGCCACACCACACUUACCAUGCCGACCAGUCACACAGAGGACUUCCC